UCAGCAAUCGGGACUGACUGCUUGGCUCCCGCUAAUGUGCCGCGAAGCCAUAUCUACCAAUGCCUGCUACAUGCACGGUGAGUCGUAUCGAAGCCCCCUAAAACCUGGCGUUUUACUAGUUUCUUGAUGUCAGAGACGAUGCACCGAAGGAGGUGCUGAUGAGCGACUGCUCCGCAGACCAUAGAGCCCCCCCCAAAAGAAGACGAGUAAGUCUACUUCCUGGGACGAAGAGUAUACAAGUUCAGGCCUGGGCGAAGUUCGCUGAUGGCAUUAUAUCCUCCUUCCGAUCGCCGGGCUCUCCCUAUCCUGUGUACUCUGGCGGCCGAAGCCCACAGAUUGCCACGCGGCAAUACACACGACUAAGACGAAGGCGGCCAGGAGAAGAAGAGCGCCAGCAAAAUCGAAGACAACAUCACAUCCACAGACACCGCAGCACCGUCGGCCCGCAGCCGGGUCCAGUCCGUCAUCCUGUUGCUGGAGCCCUGCAUGGCCGUCUUCCUCGCGGCUCUCGACGCCGUCCGGCAUUUCGCCUUUCGCUGCGUUGCUGCCCGUCGCUUUAUUGCUUCCUUCUGACAUACCGUUGUUGUCCGCAUUGUUGCCGCCUUCCGUUAUAUUUAUCUGCCCUAUUGCCAACGUCUGACGUAAUAGGACUCUCCUUAUUGCCGAGGAGGGUACUAGGCAGGCCUCGACUAAGGUAGAAGGGAGAGGGGAGCGCAAAGACAACGUCUCAACAUAACCGGAGGUGUACCUCAUGCCGGGGGCCUCGGGGCAAGGCGGCUAUGGCGGCGAUGGCGGCGAUGGAAGAGGCUGGGUACGGGGCAGAGGGGCGCGGUGAGGGCAGUGGUGGCGGACGGGAUCAGCA